UUCAGCUAUCAGCACUGCAGGUAGGUAGGGAGCUAUUCUGUUCCUUCAAGAGAGAAGAUAGAGGCAAGCAUGCUCAGCCUUCCUGUGCUGCUACUGCUCUGGGCCGUGGGUGCCCACAGCUUCCCAGCAACUUCCUCAGAUACCCAAGAGCAAGAUGCGCAGCUGGUGCAGAAAUAUCUGGAAAGUUACUACGACCUAAAGAAUGACGUGACGAAAAUCCAAAAGCAGAAAAGCAGUAGCCCAGAGGUUGAAAAGCUAAAGCAAAUGCAGAAAUUUUUCGGGCUGAAGGUGACUGGGAAGCCAGAUGCUCAAACACUGAACGUGAUGAAGCAGCCCAGAUGUGGGGUGCCUGAUGUGGCCCCGUUUGAAAUUACCCCAGGGAACCCUCAUUGGGAAAAUACACACCUGACCUACAGGAUUGAAAAUUACACGCCUGAUUUGCCCAGAGCAGAGGUGGAUCAUGCCAUUGAAAAGGCCUUUCAACUCUGGAGUAACGCCUCACCCCUGACCUUCACUAAGGUUGAGCAGGGUCAAGCAGACAUUUUGUUCUCUUUUGUUUGGGGAGAUCAUCACGACAACAAUCCCUUUGAUGGACCUGAUGGAUAUCUUGCUCAUGCUUUUCAGCCAGGCCCAGGGAUUGGAGGGGAUAUUCAUUUUGAUGAAGAUGAAAGGUGGACCAACAAUAUCAAAAAAUAUAACUUGUUUCAUGUUGCUGCUCAUGAAUUGGGUCAUUCCCUUGGUCUCUCUCAUUCUUCUGAUAUCGGGGCUUUGAUGUAUCCCAGCUACGUCACCAGUGAAGACAUUCUGCUCGCUCAGGACGACAUCAAUGGCAUCCAGGCCUUGUAUGGACCAUCGAAUAAUCCCAUCCAGCCAACUGGCCCAAUAACCCCACAAGCAUGUGAUAGUACAUUGACCUUUGAUGCUGUAACUACAAUUCGUGGAGAGGUGAUGUUCUUCAAAGACAGAUUCUACUUGCGUAUAAAUCCCUUCUACCCAGAAGUGGAGCUCAAUUUCAUUUCUGUUUUCUGGCCAAACCUCCCAAGUGGACUUCAAGCUGCUUAUGAAGUGUCAGAAAGAGAUGAAAUACACUUUUUCAAAGGCAGCACAUACUGGACUGCACAGGGGCAAAAUGUGCUACAAGGAUACCCCAAGGACAUCUACAGAUCCUUUGGCUUCCCAAGAACUGUGAAGCAUAUCGAUGCUGCUGUUUCUGAGGAAGAAAGUGGGAAAACAUACUUCUUUGUUGCUAACAAGUACUGGAGGUAUGAUGAAUACAAACGAUCCAUGGAUGCAGGUUAUCCCAAAAUGAUAGCACAUGAUUUCCCUGGAAUUGGCAACAAAGUUGAUGCUGUUUUUCAAAAGAAUGGAUUUUUCUAUUUCUUUCAUGGAACAAGACAAUACGAAUUUGACCCCAAAUCUAAGAGAAUCGUGACCCCCCUGAGAGCAAAUAGUUGGUUCAACUGCUAAAAGAUCAACUCUUACAAAGCACACAGAAAUGUAUAUUCACAGAAAGCAUUUUCCUGAAGAGCCACACAUUUAAAUAAAAUACAGGGCUAUUAGGUAUAUUCUUAUUCCUCAUUCUGCAUGUAAAUUUAAAAUAUAAUGUGUCAUGUAUUAUUAUAAUUUAUUUCACAAAUGAUGGAUAAGGAAAUUCAUGAGUUUAGCUACCAGAUGUGAUGGGUUACAGACAUCCAUUUAAGUCAGUUUUGCAAAGACAGAAGCUCUAAGGUGUAAGUCUUAAGAGUGGCCGUGCAGAGUGGUCUCAACAAUAAACAUUUCCUCUUAAACAGCUACAAUUUCUCUUGAAGAAAACAAAUAUGUUUUGUGUUUGUAAUAAAGCCAUCCUUGUCUCUCAUAUUUUAUAAAAUUUCGUUGUUA